CCGCCUGUGCACGAGGCAGCUCGUCAAUUACCACCACCACCACCUAGUUAGGUCCGAUUUGACCUACAUCCAUAAAUCGACUGCCCUUUUUUACCUGCUGGUAGCUGGUCAUUUUUGACGACCGACCCACACGAGACAGACUUUAUUCGACACUCGAAUCCAUCACUCCAAAUCAUCCCAACUCAUCUCAUAUUCCAAAAUUCUAGAAUGAGCAAAUCCACAACUGCAACAGUACCAAAGAUCCCAGCCCAGCCACCAACCCAGUCAGCUUGGUCAAGAGGCCCACCACAAACCGCGUCUUCGUCACGAUAUCAAUCUCCAGCUCCUCAGAAUGCAACUGUCCAUGCAGCACAUUCAAGACGCCCUAGUACUCUUGGCCAGGGCAUACACAUAAAAGAUGGAGUGAGCAUUCCUCAGAAUAAAGGAGCUGCGAAGCAAGGACCCGCAGUGUCCUUCGGAUCUUUAGAUGAUGUUUCGGCGCCAAUGUCGUCGUCACCCGCUGCCGCAAAGCUAGGAUCUUCCUCUAUUACGCCACACAAACCACGAAAACAGGACAUUGCUAAAUUGUUCGAGAAUCCAUCGUCGGUGUCCCCGUCACAAGCUUCCUCCGAUACCUCAUCUCCUAAUAUCAGACCUUCAAACCUCCCACCUUCAUCACAGCCUCCCUCGAUACCAUCAUCAUCGUCAUCUCAUCUGCCGUAUUCUCCCUUUGCUCCUCAAAAUGGCAUGCGACCUCAACAGAUAAAUGCUGGCCCUAAUGCUAGUGCUAGUGGCUCUGAUCCAAGGUCGCCUCUGUAUCAACGGCAGGUCCCUAAUGACAAUACCCCCCGUAUACCGAGUAGGCCAACCGGGCCAGGGGCGCCCCCGGGCCAGAUGUCUGGGGGUCUCGGUAGUCCUCGUCUGACACCCCAUCCUCCUCCUACAAAUAUGCCUCCUCCAAUGCAGACCCAAAUGGCAUGGAAGCCCAAUUACUAUUAUAUGGGUGACCAGCCAUAUAUGUACCCUUGGUAUGCAAUGCCUCAGCAGCAUCAGAUGCCGCCUCAACAACCCCAACAUCAUCCGCCUCCUCCCGGUGGGCAUGGCCCUCCCCAUAAUGGGAUACCCGUUUCUCCUCGCAACCACCCUCCGCCUCUUCAAGGACCUGGAACCCCGACUCCGACUCACGCAAUACCAGCUACCCAUUCUCCUCAUCUUUCGCCCACCAUGUCACGUUCUUCUUCCUCUGGAAGCAUUGACAGUUUGUCAUUGCCGCCUCCCACACCCUCCUCCGCCUCGAUGCCCAGUACUAGUCGAUUAAGCACCAGCGCUAGCGCGUUUGUACCCGGUCAACGAUCAAGUGCUCGAAUUUCACUGAAAAAUGUAGACGGGACGGAAAUCAACUUGGAAAACCUUAAGAACCAGAAACACAGUCCCGCUCUGUCUGGCACUGCACUUCCACCGGUUGGAUCGGCACAUGGCAACCCUAAUCGACGGUCUGUUGUACGCAUGGAAUCCGAAGAGGAGCGGUCGGAACGCCUAGCAGGUGAACGGGAGAAGGAGCAGACCAAAGCCAAGGAGAAGGAAGAGAAGGAACUUAGGGAGAAGGAGAAGGAGCAACACACAUCAGCCAUAGAGGAGGCGGUAUGUGUCAGAAACGAGAGCUUUUACUGGGAAAACGGUAUCUUCUUGGUUGAAGAUGAGCUCUUCUGUGUGCCGAGAUAUCAGUUCAUCAAGCAAUCAGAAACGUUCAGAGCCAUGUUCACAUUGCUCCAGGCAGAUGCUAAUGCAGUUGAAGGCAACACCGAUGACAGGCCCAUUCGUUUAUACGGUGUCAGCAAAAUUGAUUUCGAGCGACUGUUGAAUUUCAUGUACCAUCUGGACAUUCCUUCUGUGCCGACAAGGCCGCUGGAGGAAUGGAUCUCGAUCUUGAAGCUCUCUACGAUGUGGGUAAUGACAGAGAUACGCAACAGCGCUAUCUUUCAUAUCAUUGAGCGCCAUCAGGAGGUAGAAGUGGUAGAGCGGAUUACCUUGGGAACAAGUUGUAACGUCCCAGCGUUGGUGAGGUCCGGACUCGUCACUCUGGUUAACCAAGACGGAGGGGUUUCUGAGCGGCAAGCGAGGCUUCUUGGCUGGGAAACGGCGAUGCGCAUCCAGUGGGCGCGGGAAAAAUUGAUAGCGUCGCAAGGUUAUUCAUGCACUUUUGACGAAGAUCAAGUAUGCAUGGCAGCGGCGAGCGUGUUCUUUGGGGAGUCGAGUGAGUCAUUCGAGUCGGAGAUGUUUGAGCCGGGUGCUCCUAGGUAAGGGCAGAGGAUAGUGACGAUGAUCAACAUUUAUAUUGGUAACCCGCAGAUACGCCUCGUUAUGAGCGAAGACGCGGAGAUGCAGUGCACUAAGACUAUCCAGGACUACGUCGCUAGUUGAUACACUAUUCUACUUUGCGGCUCUAUGGGUGUUAUACCACUCGUGUAAUUCCAUGUAUUUUUUUUGUGGGUGCUAUGCUACUGAUGUCGUGAUUUCUAAAAGCAAAGGAAGAACUUAAGGCUUGAAGG